AGCCACUGCUAGCAAGAGUCGCAUCGAGCUCGAGCUACUGAGUGAGAGAGAAGUAGCUAGCCAGAGGAGAGAGAUAGAAGUAUGGGUAUGGGGUGGAAGGUCCUGCACGACGCCAAGCCGUACCUGGCGAUGGUGCUGCUGCAGGUGGGGUUCGCCGGGAUGUACAUCAUCGCCGUGGCAUCCCUCAAGGCCGGGAUGAGCCACUUCGUGCUCGUUGUCUACCGUAACCUCGUCGCCACCGCCGUCAUGAUGCCCUUCGCUCUCUACUUCGAGAGGGGGCGGAGGCCAAAGAUGACAACCACCAUCUUCCUCAAGAUCGCAGGGCUCGCAAUUCUCGAGCCCGUGAUUGACCAGAACCUCUACUUCUUGGGCGCGAAGAUGACCUCGGCGGGCUUCGCGACGGCGCUCCUCAACACCCUCCCGGCCGUCACCUUCGUGCUGGCCCUCCUCCUGCGCAUGGAGAAGGUGCGGCUGCGGAGCCUGCACAGCCAGGCCAAGAUCGCCGGCACGGUUCUCACGGUGGCCGGCGCCGUGCUGAUGAUCCUUUACCACGGACCCAUCGUGCAGUUCCCGUGGGCCAGAGGCCAGCACCACCCCACUGCCGGUGACCAGGGCGCCGUUGGCGCCGCCGCUGCGCAGGACUGGCUGAAAGGGACCAUAAUGCUCAUCGGCUCCUGCAUGGUCUGGUCGGGCUUCUUCAUUCUCCAGUCCAACACGCUGCGGAGCUACCCCGCGGAGCUGUCCCUCACGGCGCUCAUCUGUGGCAUGGGCUCGCUGAUGAGCGGCGCCGUCGCCCUCGUCGCUGAGCGCGCCAACUCCCAUGUCUGGGUUAUCGGCUUCGAUAACCGCCUCUUGACCGUCGUCUACGCCGGCAUAGUGUGCUCCGGCGUGGCGUACUACUUGCAGGGCGUCGUGUCUGGGCAAAGGGGCCCGGUGUUCGUGACGGCCUUCAACCCGCUCUGCAUGAUCAUAACCGCUGUUAUGGGCUCCAUCAUUCUCAAGGAGGAGAUCAAUCUCGGAAGUGUGAUUGGUGCAGUGAUCAUCGUGGUAGGCCUCUACUUUCUCAUUUGGGGCAAGAGCAAGGACGACAUAAGCCGAGUUUCCGACGUGAGCGUCAAGGUCGCCGGCGAGCUGCCCUUAACCUCCUUGACCAACGGCCACGGCCACGGCAAGCAGCACGAGCUCGGCAAUAGCAACGGAGACCAUGGCGCCUUAGACGUCAAGACGCCGACGACCAAUGUCCACUACUUCCUUCGUCACAGUUUAUAAGACGUGCACAUGUA